AGGCAGAGUAGGGUUUCAAAGCAGGCAGUGAAAGACCGGGAAUGCUGUUCAGGAAAUUCUUCAGGCAUGGGCAGGGACUUGGCUGCAGUUGUGCGGCUGGAAAAUCUGACUGGGGCAGCUCCUGAGCGCAGGCAGGGCCUGCUCACAUGGGCGGGCUGAGUGGCCGCCUCCUUCAGAGCCUCUCAGCUUCCCCCAGGACCACGGGGGACCCUCAUCCGCCACUCUGUGAAGCAGAGGAGAGAUGCCUCAGGAACAGUACCCACACCACAGGAGCACCAUGCCCAGCUCAGAGGGGCCACACAUAUACAAAGUGGGGAUUUACGGCUGGAGGAAAAGAUGCCUGUAUUUCUUUGUCCUGCUCCUCAUGAUUUUAAUCCUGGUGAACUUGGCCAUGACUAUCUGGAUCCUCAAAGUCAUGAACUUCACAAUUGAUGGAAUGGGGAACUUAAGAAUCACAGAAAAGGGUCUGAAGCUAGAAGGAGACUCAGAAUUCUUACAACCUCUCUACGCCAAAGAAAUCCAGUCCCGACCAGGUAAUGCCCUCUACUUCAAAUCUGCCAGGAACGUGACAGUGAACAUUCUCAAUGACCAGACAAAAGUGCUGACUCGGCUGGUGACAGGUCCGAAGGCUGUGGAAGCCUAUGGCAAAAAGUUUGAAGUAAAAACGGUUUCUGGAAAAUUGCUCUUUUCUGCGGAUGACAAUGAAGUGGUCGUGGGAGCCGAGAGAUUGCGAGUCUUAGGAGCUGAAGGCACAGUCUUUCCCAAAUCCAUAGAAACACCUAACGUCAGAGCCGACCCCUUCAAGGAACUAAGGUUGGAGUCCCCAACACGAUCUCUAGUGAUGGAAGCACCGAAAGGGGUAGAAAUCAAUGCAGAAGCAGGCAAUAUGGAAGCCACCUGCAGAAGUGAGCUGAGACUGGAGUCUAAGGAUGGGGAGAUUAAGUUAGAUGCUGCGAAAAUCAAACUACCUAGACUGCCUCGUGGAUCCUACACACCCACAGGAACGAGGCAGAAGGUCUUCGAGGUCUGCGUCUGCGCCAAUGGGAGGUUAUUCCUGUCCCAGGCAGGAACUGGUUCCACUUGUCAGAUAAACACAAGUGUCUGCCUUUGAAGGACUAUCCAUAGUGGACAAUUGUCGGCAGCAUAAAGGCCCUUUUUGGCUUGAGACACUGGCUGCCAGCUAUUUUUACUAGAACACAGAAAGCCUAUCAAAGACCUUUUGUGUGUGUGUGUGUGCGCGCGCACGCGUGUAUGAGUGUGUGUAUGUGUGGGUUGUGUGUGUGUGAGUGGAUAUAAAUAUAUAUAAAUAUAUAUAAAUAAAUAUAUAUAUAUCCUCUGUAUAAAAUGAGGUUUCAGUACAAAAGGAACCAUGGGUGACCCUGUGACAUUAUCCACUAUCAUUUUUCCACUCCACCCCCAUCACCCACACGACAGAAUCUAAGCACUCAUUCAGGAUCAGCAUUCCCCAGGCAAUUUCAAAUCACACAGCGGACUGAGCACUUACAGAAUAUCCAUCAAUAUUUUCAAGUUAUCACCUAGCUUCUCUCUUUGUCAUUAGAGGCAGUGAUGGCGGGAAUCUUUGGGUCACUCUCCAGUGCUGAUAUAUUAGUAUAAAAGAUAAACAUUUGACCCAUCUGUAAUCCCAACUCCAGGCAAUUUUGUAGUGAUGGGCGCCAGCCUGGGCUACAGAGUAAGACUGUCUUAAAAACAUAUAUAUUUGGUUUCCCUUUCUUAGCUUCAGCCAAGCUGGUCAAAUUCUUUUCUUCAAGAUAAGGAUAGGGUAUACCCGUAGAAAUUAGCCACAAAAACUCAAAAUGGCCACCCUACCAUUGUAGACCAACAUACUAGGAGUUGUGUGGCUGAAUGAAUAGAGGCAGGGAGGUUGGUUGAAUUCUGAAAGAAUGUAAACCACUCACCUAACUUCUACUUAAUCUACUUCCUUUACACUCACGUAUUCCCCCACAGUCAACAAGUAAGAGCUUUGAAUCAGCAUAGAGGAGAAUACCAGCUCCUCUGCCAUAGGAUAGAAGCUAUUUAAUGGCCAAACAGGCAAAGAAUACAUUGACAGGACAUCUCAUUUAAGGGAAACCUGUCUCCCAAGCUUUUAGGUUCUCACUCCUGACUUUACCCAACAAAUGGACAAAAAAAAAAAAUCAUUAAAUCAGUCAGAAUACAAAAGAGUGAGCCCAGAUCCCAAGAGUCAUUAUUUUAAGAUGGAAAUCUAACCAAGGAUACUAUAGGGAAGCUAACUAAUUUUCUUAAGUUUGAGAUGGGUGGGCCAUUUUUAGACAUGUAUUCUCAAGGGCUUGCAUAAACUCUCUUGCUUUGCUCUUGUAUAUUUUGUCAGUGCUGCGGUAUUCCUAGUUCUGAACUCACUGUUGUGUUUCUCUAGGAAUCAGAGAGUUACUCAUGGCAAAUUAAUAUAAACAGUCAUCUGUCCUCAUCAGAAUCACUGUUUCCCCUGGGCUCAGCGGCACCCGAUCUCCAUAUAUGGAAAUAGUCUCUAAUUCCCGCCAUCAGCUACCUCUUCCCACCCUACCUUCAUUGCCAUGCCCCAGGGUCACCCUGGCCAGAUCUUGUGCUGGGACAGGGGAUUACACCAUCUCUGUUCAAAGAGGGGGAAAUGUGCCUAUGCCUUAAGCCAAUGCACUCAGCAAGGAGAAGCACAUCCUAUCUAUCUUGUUACCUGUAGUUUAUUUUGGGUGGUUAGAGGGAAAUGGUUUAGUCUAGACGGAGCAGCAGAAACGGACAGACAAGCCAAACGGUUUGGUUUCCUCAGUUGGACUCUGAGGAGCCCGGAGUGGAGGGAUAACUGGCUUAGCUCAUCCUUGAUGCUACUAGGUGAAGCAACGGCCCUACAAUCUUGAUGGAAGUUGUAUUCACAGGCCUGAGUGACACUUGUUUUUGUUUUUGUACUCCACAAGGUUCUAAUUUUUCUUACUCCACAAGCUGAACAGUUUUUUAUAGGAGACAAGAAAGAGGUUCGCUAUUUCUGAUACGACAUGCAAGAAACGGGCUGAGGUUUGCACCCAUGGAAUGUACUCCUCAGUUGCUUAUUACCACAACGCAGGGGCUAUCCUAACCUGACCCAUGACUUGGACUUCUGGCUAUGAGGCCAGGCCUGGUUCCCCUCACCCUCUCUGUGUAUCUUAUGCAGAGGCACUGGGUGGGUCCAUCUUAGGGCAGUAACUUAAAAUUGUUUCAUUUGCAGCAUGGAAAUCUAAAAAGGGAUCCUAUAAGAGGCCACAGGUUACUGAACCUCUUAUAGGCCCUUUCAGCCAGAAUCUGCCAGUGUCACAGACGGGUAUCAUUUUCAGGACACAAAAUGCCCUUCCUAGCUAUUAGAAGCACCUACCCCAUAUUCUUCAGCUAAAAAAUAACUCUGAAGUCCCUUGUGUCUACGUAUAUAAAGAAGAUAGGGUUGUUUGGGGGUGGUUGGAGGGGAUGUUUCAUUUUGUUUAAGAAGACAAAUUGCCUUUCCAUUUGGCCAUCUCACACCCACUGUCUUUGGAUAAGAACAAAAAAACAAAGUUCCCUGAACCUUUCUGAUUUCAUUUAAAAUUGUGGGAUAAAAGUCCUAUUCCUUGGGAAUUUUAUGACAGUUGAAAAUAUGAUGGUCACACAUGCAAAAUUGAAUCCUAGAGCAAACGAAUCACACAAACACACAAUAAAAUAGUAAUUGGGGAUAUAAAUCAAGAAAUCUCUGGAGCAAUAAAUGAUAUAAAAUUCUGGCUAAUUCUGGCUGUCAGUUAUGUUAAAGGACCACGGGACAUCAGAGGAUCUCUGGUAUGAGAAGAUUACUUAUCUCAGUUCAGACUGGAAACUAAGAUGCAUCCUUAGUUGUCAAUGAACUCCCCUUCAACCCAUCCACCCAAUGCUCUCCAACCAGAAUAUUUGUCCAUGGUCAUGAGAAAAGCUUUCACCAGAAUUCUGAAGAGAGGGAGGUCAGCAUUUAUAUUAAUGUCUACUGACCCCCUACUUUUUGAAAAUAGGAAUCUUUCUAAUAUUUAUAUACAGAAUUUUCUAGACAAUCACACUCCUGGGUCUAUUAACCAGAUAGUGGGAUAACAGGAUUCAAAUGAAUCUUCAGCAUCCUAGAACUUCUGGUAUGCUAAUAUUCUUUAGAAAACAUUUUACAAAUCAAGAUGUGAUCUCCAGAUACAUUUAUCAUGUAGUUCUGUUCAGCACAUCUGUUUGGCAAUCUUAGGAGUUUCGCUUGGAGGGACCACCUCAAGAUGACCUAGGUUUUGAAGAGCUCCAUGGUCGUAUCUAGGUAGAAACUUGGUGUGUGGUUUCAUAAUUGUUACGUGACUAAGGAAUAGCACUGAAAGACUUGAACUAGCUUUUAGCUUCCUUCAUGUCAUUCUCUCUCUAGACAAACCAUAGACCAAAGAAUACUUGAGGGUUGACCCUAUGGAAGGGUCAAUAAAAAACAAACUGGAGACCCAGUCUGACUCCAUAGCCACAGACAUUCACAUGUCGUAUAUGAGCCAUGUCAUCUGUACCCCUACCAUUGGCUACAUGGCCAGCAAAAAAAAAUUAUGGCUAUACAACCUUUUGUAGAAAACAUUUGCUGACCCCAGAGCUACAGGUCACCUGUAGACUGUGUUAGACAUGGUGGGACAGAAGGUGGAUUUCUCAGGAACAAGGAGUAGCCUGUGUUUCCACGGGGGCUUGAAAAUAUAAAACUUGGCUGAAGUUUUAAGAAGGACACAUCUAAGAGAGAAGGCAGCUCAGAGGACUUGGAGUAACUGAGAAAGUGGAAUGAAAAGCAGCUUGGGAAUAAGGAAGCUGUGUUCCUCCCACACUAUUCAGUGGCUCCUGGCUGGGUGUUUCUCAGGUGAGCAAUGGUUCUCAAGUGAGCAAUGCCUGACCUGAAUUGAGCCAAGAAGAGCCAUCUCGAUUCACCAUCUUUUCCAUAAAAAUACUCAAGUCCAUCUACACCCGCAAAAUCUGCAUCUUCCCAUGUGCCAGAGAGACUUUCAUUCCCAGUUUCUUUAGAAAAUACUUCUGACCUUAUAUGACCUCCAUUACCUAUACCUCCACUGCAGCCACUUGUUCUACAGCCCCAGGUUAGACCAAUAAAUAACUGGAAGGAAAGCAAAACAGUAACAUCUUUAUAUAGGUAGGAAUCAACAGUGAAAUAUUUUCUAUGGAGCCAUUUCUAGAAGUGACCAGAUGAAUGGUAGUUUUUUUUUGCUCUUCAGAAUUUGGGUCUUUGCUCCCUUGGAGUGGAGGGAAUACAGAAAGAAUAUGUUUCAUCUUCACACACCUCUGCUUCUGUGUGGUAAAAUCACUUGCUACCAUAGGUCUGCCCCUUUUGCUGAUAGUGGUGUUGUGCUUAUUGUGAUAAACAUGGCAUCAUGAUAAAUGUACCUUUGUGGGUAUGAGUAUUUACCUUGGAGAGGCAGGAUGUGUUUCAGUGAGAAUAUCUACCAUUUUGAGUCCUUGAUCUACAUCACUACAGGAAAGCCCUCUGCCUUCCUCGUGAAUGCAUUUGAAGAAUCAAGUUGGCCAACGAAAUCAGACCCAAUGAGCAUAUCCUUGUUUUAUUUAUCUUAAACAAAAGAUAGCAUAAUGCUUGGGCCAAAGUGUUGAAUUCAUCCAUCUUUAAGUACCUGAUCCUUUAUUAAGGAUCAAUAAAAGAAAACAAAACCUCAUUUAUGUAAGUUUCAAACAAAACCAGAUCUCCCUCCCCACACCACACACCUUAGGAAUUCUUAGGAACAAAGACAAGAUGAUAAAGAAUCAGUUUCUUGAAUGGUACACUUGUAUGGCGCACCAGUAGCAGGCAAGUUGGGGAACAGAUCUAAUGAAAGAAGCGACCUUAGAAAACAGACCUUUUAUCUCAAAGAUAAAAAGUCUCUCUUGCAGAUUUUCAUCACUUCUUCCUUGAAGGAAGGCUUCCCAGUUUCAACAUAUUUCCAUGAAAAUAGUAAAGCUUACUGCACCGGGAUGUCAGAUGUAUCUCUUUCUCUGUGGCAAUCGGAAUUUUAAAUUGUACAGUUGCCUCUGAAUUUCCCAUUCACAAAACCAAACCACUGAUCAGUGAUAAAGCAGCCACCCGCCCGCUGCUUUAGGCAGCACAAUGCACCAUAGGCAUUAGCACUUUCUAAAGCAACGUGAUUUCUAUGAGUCCUAAAAAGCUUUCUUCCUAAUGGAGUCCUUGAAACUUGUCAAGGCGGAUCUGAAUGGCAAAGGGAAAAUAAUUGCUUGUGGGAGGUCCUCUUUCUGAGUUUAGCUGGAGUGCACUUAUAGAAGAAAAUCCCCUGGGAACACCCACGCCCACACAGAUUAUUUGGUCCCUCCUUCCCCUAUCUUGCUUUUGUUGAAAUGGGCAGAGUAAGAAAUCAGUAUCUUCUUUUGAGGAAGAGAAAAUGUCACGAGCCUUUGAUGCAUAGGGGGGUUAUGCCACAGCACAACAUUAAGGGUGCCAUCAGACCCAUCCCUAAAGAGUUGUAAGUAUAGAACUACUGCAAUGUCAGCUGCUGCCCCUUACCUUAAACCCAGCAACAGGCAGCAUCAGAACACACUUGGAGACUACCAAUUGGAACAGAUCAAAGGAACAGUUGCCACAGGCAAGAAGUGGCUUUGGAGUCCCAAUCUACCUGUCUUACUAGGAAGUCAGAGUCCUCAGCCAAAAGCCUCACUCAGCGUGUUGCCAUCCUCACUGACAAGUAUGUGGCUUUUGCUUCCUCACUAAAUACAACAAACUUGAAGAUGCCCUUGCUGAGAAAACAAGAAACAAAACUGACAUUUAAGAUUUAAAAAAAAAAAAUCUACCCCCUCCAUACCCAAAGUAUCUUCAAAGUCCACUUUAAUGGGCCUCUGUCACUGGAAGAAGAGAUAGCUCAGAUUUCAUAAAGUGAGAAAACUCCAAAGCAGACUGUUCAUUUAACUGAGAGUGGAUUGUUGGAGGACUGAGAGGUGGCAGUGGCCGAUAGGUGUUUAGUGCUCCCAUUCACCUGACUCGAGAGAUUCCAGGAUCUUGAGGGCCAUGGUUAUUUGUUUCAGAACGGGGGCGGGGAGAAGCUAUCAAAUUUUCACCACAAAAAGAGCCAUGUCCUCAAAACUCAUGCAUAAAACAAGAGGCUUUUUUAGAUCCACAGCCUCCCCUAAGAUAUGAAAAGAACUAGCCUCCACUUUCCAGUCAUUAUUAGAAUGGUAUGUCAAUAUUCAUUGAACUCUGCACUGUGCUAAAUGCUCUGUCUGCAUCCAUUUAUUUCUUCCUCUGAACAGCACUUUAGAGUUGAGCUCCCAACAAGGUUCCAGUUUACAGAUAAGGAAAUUGGGACCUCAAGAGGCUAAGAAACCUAUUCACUAUCUAUAAAAUGACCAAGCCAGAGUGUGAGUCUCGUCCCUGGGCAGUUCACUAACAUUUAAGUUUGUUUUCAAGUUGCUGGGGAGUGCUUCCCUCCUAGGUUUUAGAUCAGACCUUCUAGAAUGAAAUAGACUACAAAACUUUCACAGCUCCGUUUUCUGUAGUUUCUUACCAGGGUCGCAUACAAUAGUAAGGUGUGGAUAUGUGGAGUGAUGCAGAAAGCCUAACUAAGUUACAGAGUCUAGAACAACAAUAACAAAACCAAACAACUGCUUUGUUUGGGGUAUGAGUCUUGUUAAGUCAGAUUCCGAGUCCUUAGGACUGGAGGGUAUCUCAGUUGUGAGUCUCGUAUGUAGGAGGAAAUCUGGAUGCUCGGCAAUACAUCUGUGUGGAUGAACAAUGCCUUGUUCCCAAUAUAUAUUAUUUCCUCCUCCUACAGCUCCAUCCAAAAAUCAAAUGUCUUAUGUGAAAUCCUUGACCGUAUUAGGCUUUCUUCUCUCCCUUUACUUCUAGGAAAAUAAAAUCAUCAAGUAGGUCGGGGCUCAUUCUCUGUCCCUGAGAAUCACCUAGGAUUCAAUCUUUUUUUUUUUUUAUUGAGA